GAAACGGAUUUCCUGCUGUUACAGCAGGACGCUGUAACAGCCAAGGACCGUUCGAUCUGAAUCAGUGGCUUGGAUUGAAUACAGAUAGAUUGAUCACAGCUGUCCGAUCAGAAAUCAGUGGCUGUGAUUUGAAACAGCGGGAAACUGUGUUAAUAUUUACUGCAGCAAAUCUGGAUCCAAUGCACUCAAAAAUAUUAGACACCGAAAUUUAGUUAAGAUUUUAACUUGUUGUUCUAGUACAGAUUACAAAGGUCAAGAAUUCAAAGCUUUAGUUUUUUAUUACAUGAAAAAUGGAAGCUUAGAACAAUGGUUGCAUCCCGAGAUUUUAAAUGAAGAGCAUCCAACAAAAUUGGGCCUUGGUCAAAGAUUAAACGUAAUUAUCGAUGUUGCUGAUGCAUUACAUUAUCUCCACCAAGAAUGUGAGCAAUUGGUCCUUCAUUGUGAUCUAAAGCCAAACAAUGACCUUCUUAAUGAUGAUAUGGUUGCUCAUGUGAGUGAUUUUGGAAUAGCAAGACUUGUCUUAUCCAUUGGCGGCAGCUCUCGGAAGGAUACUAGUUCAAUUGGAAUAAAAGGAACUGUUGGGUAUGCUCCUCCAGAGUACGGAAUGGGUUCUGAAGUUUCCACAUGUGGUGACAUGUAUAGCUUUGGAAAAUUGGAAUCCUCGUGUUGGAAAUACUUACCGGUAGAAGACCUACUGAUGAAGUUUUUGAAGAUGGUCAAAAUCUGCAUAAUUUUGUUGCAAUUUCAUUUCCUGAUAACCUUAUCAAGAUUUUAGACCCACAUCUUGUAUCAAGAGAUGUAGAAGUAGCAAUACAUGAUGGAAAUCGUCAGAAUCUCAUUCCAACUAUUGAAGAGUGCUUAGUUUCACUUUUUAGGAUUGGAAUUAUUUGUUCUAUCGAAUCACCAAAAGAAAGAAUGAAUAUUGCAGAUGUCACUAGAGAGCUUAGCAAAAUCAAAAAGGCCUUUCUCACCGAUGAGAUAAACUAACAUUUUCAUUAUAUGUUGUUAUAACUUGAUUUUAUUAAUCUUACUGUGCAUUUUAAAUUCCUAAAAAGCAAAAUACAAUGGUAAUAAUGUGCUUCUUCUUGAUUGAAAUUUCAGGUGUUCACCCUCAUAACUAGCAAUUGAAUUAGCUGAACUAAAUUUCUAAGAUCAUUUGUGGAAAUAGAAGUGUAUUCAGCUUGAUGCACUGUUGUUAAGAAACUAAAUGGUUCAACUGGAAGUGCAUGUGCUUUGCUUAGUUUACUAAUUUGUUACUUGGUGAAUUCUGUUUUAUUAAUGUAGAUUUUUUGAUUUUCCUGCAGCCUGUUAUAUAAAUAAGUAAUGUUGUACUGCUUUCUAAUUCAAUGAAAUGAGUAUCGAUAUAUAUAUAUAUAUAUAUAUAUAUAUAUAUAUAUAUAUAUAUAUAUAUAUAUAUAUAUAUAUAUACACUUAAUCAGAAAUCUACCAUGUGAUGUUUGCUUUAGUUCUGCAAGAGGAUUAUUUUCACUUUCUCUGUUUCAUGGUUGAGGGGCAACAGGCCCGGCCCUGAGGCAGUCUUCGAACCCGGCAAAGACACAUCUGUGAUUCAUGGUUAAGUGAUCUGCAGAGUCCUCCAGCAAAACUUUGUUUCUAUGGUGGAUAUUUGCCUUUUACUUUUCUAUUUCAAUUCAUGCUUCUGUCAAUUUUCUUUUGCUCCAGAUGCCAUCUUCGUCUACUAUACUUGAUUCUCGGAUGGUGUCGACCUUGGCACAUGACAUUUCGUGUUAAGAUAAGGCAGGAGCAACACAUUGGAGAAGGAUGAAUCAAAAUAGAAUUGGGCUCCAAAGCAUGUAUACUCCAAAGCAAUUUUUUAAGUCUAGGCUUGAUUUCUUUUUAGUCACUUGAUUUUCUGAAUGCUUUUUUUUUUAGUUUUUUUGGUGUCAUAUUGUUUCUCAAUUUGUGUUUCAAACUCAUAUUUGGUGAAUUUUCCAACGUUGUAAUUUGUUUUUCAAUUAGUUGGUGCAAUUAGACUCUAUAAACAAAGACAACUUUGUAGA